CUAGUCUCUAAUUCCCUGCGCAACUUUACGGUCGUUCGACCUUUUUUCGCUCUGCCCAGAAUCAUUUUGAUAUAACUAGCAGGCGUAGCAAUUUCGGAAUCUGUCCUUGUAUGAUGGCGGACGACGAAAAUUUCCACUGGAGAAACCGCAACGCAUAGCCUACCCUGAAUACUGGAAAAGCUGAGCCUGGGCGGACUAGCCUGCACCUUCGUCAACACAAUCAUGCACUCGAGUUCAUGCCGGAAGAUGUCAAGGUUGCAAUAUCGAAAAUAAAGCAGUUUUAGUUUAGAUAAUUUGAGAAUUAAUAACUAAUUUUUAUUUCAAAGCGCUAGUUGUGCAGUCACCUUUGGUGUCCGAGGAGGAUUUUGGAGCUCGAGCUAUCCUACUCGCAUGUGCUGCAUCAUUUUGUGAGGUCACACUUGCUUGCGGGACUCUGCAAGAGGGGAGACUGAAGACUGAGCAGGACAGGGCUAUUUGCACCUUCAGACACUGAUCACCAAGAGUCCCAGGAGCGCUGGCCCUGAGCAGUCAGUCAUGAGUGCUCAGGAGGUGCCCACCAAUCCUGGACAGGAGCAGGUUGACGCGGGGGGUGGAGUCCCAGAUGGCCCCUCUCCUACCACCACCACCCUUGCUGUCCCGGUCACAAUAAAGAAGGAGCCUGACUUGCAGGGAGCCAGUAACGGGAAAGAUGUGCCAGCCGAGAUCUGUGUGGUCCUCGGAGGAGGAGGAGGAGCAACAGGAGGAGGAAGGUCACGCAAUGACCAGACCCAGGGCUCCUACGUUUGCGGGAUUUGUGGGAAGAAAUACAAGUACUACAACUGCUUUCAAACACAUGUCCGUGCACACAGAGAGUCCGACAGCAUGCCAGGAGAGGGGGCACCAACAACUCCCAACAAUAGCUUCCGCUACUCCUGUGACAUCUGCGGGAAGAAGUACAAAUACUACAGCUGCUUCCAGGAGCACCGCGACCUGCACGCUGUGGACGACCCAUACGAGCAGGUUGUUCUAGGACCUGUGGAAGACGUCAAGGAGGAGGAGCCAGUGGAACCCUUCCAGAAAGUGGGGCCAAAAACGGGAAGCUACGAGUGUGAGUUCUGUGGGAAGCAGUAUAAGUACUUCAACCCAUACCAGGAGCAUGUGGCUCUUCACCAACCAAUGAAUUUCUCCUUUGAUAAUAUGAAGUCGCCUCGAUCACGUGGAAGUGUGGAUGGAAACAUGGACGUUAGCAAAUACAGUGCCACUAAAUUAGAAACAGACAGUCCCUUUAGUCGGAAAAUGGAAAGCAAGACCCAGUCCAGCCUGGUGGACACCAACAGUUCCCAGAACUCAAGCGGUACUCCAAGCCCCCUGGUGGCCGGUUCGUUCCCUGCAUCACAGAUCACAAAGUGCUUCACAACAAUCCGGGCCUACAGCCCCCAAAACCCCAAAGACAAGGCGACAGUGGCAGAGACCAAGUCUCUAGAACCCUACACAUGUGGCGCCUGUGGCAUCCCGUUCCAGUUCUACAACAACCUGCUGGAGCACAUGCAGUCCCACGCUGCGGAUAAUGAGAACCACACCAAAGGGGGGUCUCCAAAGACAUCACCAGGCCCAGCCUCACAGGACCAACUGUGGAGGUCCCCCCAGCCCCAGCAUCAGGCCCAAGCUCAAAUAGUUCAAGUCCAGAUACAGGCUCAGCCCCAGCCAACACAGAGAAACCACUACACCAACCAGAACAGUGGUGGACUACCGGAGAAGGAAAGGCAGCAGGUGGCUGAGCGUCUCCUCAGGGUGAUGUGUACAGACCUGGGCGUGCUCAACAUGCUCAACAGCAAGGACUUCCUGAAGCUGGCCCAGACUCUAGUGGACACGGGCGCCCGCCACGGUGCCUACUCCACCCGCGAAGCCCUGGGCAACAUGAGCUCACUGGCCCUGCGCCAGCUUCCCCGCAUGUACAACCAGAUCAAGGUGAAGGUGACCUGCGCCCUGGGCUCCAACACCUCACUGGGCAUCGCCGUCACCUGCCACUCCCAGACAGUGGGGCCUGAUGCCUGCCUAGUGCUGACAGCCUACCAGGUGGAGGGAUCCAGGCUCAAACGCUAUGUUCUAGGUGUCAAGGAGGCAGACCUGAGGGAGGGACCUGAGCAGGUACACCAGUGGACCCAGAACGUGCUGUCGGAGUUCGUCAUGUCGGACAUCCGCACGGUGUAUGUGACUGAGCCGAGAGUAUCUGCGGUGGGGAUGGGGGGCUCGCCGCUGGGUGGAGGCGGGCGGGGGAGGGUGUGUCUGCGAUGCGCCGGGUGCUCGCUGGGUGUAGUGGUCCAGGCGGUGCUUGGGAAGCGCAGCCUGCAGGCUCGGGGGCUCCACGAAUUGACUGAGCUGCUGGCUACCUGCCGUGACAUUGCUGCCUCCACCAGCCUCUCAUUACGUGACGACUCCACCAGUGCCACCAUCGACGAGGGCACAUCUAACCCCUCCGCUCCCCCCAGGCCUAGCCCCACCCCUCCCUGCUGGGACCGCACGGCUGAGGCCCUGCUUCAGGUGCAUGCCCACUUUGAGCAGAUAUGUGAGGCAUACGGGAGGAGCAAGGCCACAGCUUCUACGCUGCAGGGCCUCAACAAACACCUGCUGGGGACGCUGGCCUGCCUGCUGGCCCCUCUACGCCUUGCCGCCCUGGAGCUCAGCAGUCAGAGGAGGCCCACCCUGCAGCAGGUGCUACCUGUCUACCUGCGACUGGAGAAACUGUUCACUUCCAAGGCUGGGGAGGUGGGGACCGCCAGCAAGCUCUGCCACUACUUCCUGGAAGCCCUGAAGGAGAACUUUAAGGUGGAGAAAGCCCACCAGGUAGCCAUGGUCCUGGAUCCUCAGCUGAAGCUGCGUCCUGUCCCAGCCUACCAGCAUGAGGAGAUCAUCGCCCGCGCCUGCGAGAUGGCCACAGACCCCCACGAUGGGGGGCAAGCCACCGGUGGGGGGUCCGGAGGUGAGGAUGUGGAUGGACCCUCAACACCCAAACGGCUUAGAGUGAACGUCCCUGGGGGUGGAGUGAACACCAGAGGGGUAGUAGCUGUGUCAUCGGAGGCAUCGUCAGAUGAAAGCCAGACCCAGGUGAGACAGGAGGUUUUCCAGUAUCUGGCUGAACCGCUCCUCCAGGGCACCACCCCAGACCUCUUCCACUACUGGAGCACCGCGGUGGGUGACCGCUUCCCCAGACUGGCACGCCUAGCACUGUGGCUGCUGGCCGUGCCCGCCGUGGGCAUCCGCAGCGAGUGUGUGAGCGUGUGUGAGCAGAGCCUGGCCAUGAAGAGGAGACAGCAGGUCACCACUGAGGAGAUGAGCAAACUCAUCUUCCUGCGCUCCAACAUGGCCUGAACGUUAGCCUGACCACCAACGCUGACCUAACCAUGACCUCUCCACCAAUGACUACAGACCAUCUACAUAGGGAUAGGGGAACCCUGAGGGGCCAUACUCGUAAACUUUCGCUUAGACCCAAGGUUUAUACCUGUUGUCUAAAAUGGCUAGCUGCUAGCGUUUCUCAUAGGCCAACCUGGCACAAUUAGCUAUGAUGCUGAGGACAACCAGCUGAGCACAUCAUUAAAUUAUGUAAAAGAUUCUGUAUCGGCCAAUUCAAAUCAUUGACAUAGUUGGAUGUGAUCCAGCACAUUUUCACGAAAGCGUCCUUGCCAGAAGUCCACCGGCAAGUUAGUAACUAGCUAGUUCACAGUGUAGAGCGUCUGCUUCCUGACAAUUGUCACAACUUGCGGCGUAGGUUCGAAUCCCCCAUGGGAUGUUUUAUUUGAUCAAACACCUGGACUGGUUGGAUACUGUUCAAGAAGGUGAGGAAUAGGGGGAUCUUCUCAAGAUGCUGAUCUGGUUAGUGCCAAAUGCAACAACCAAGAAUUAUCAGCAGUUGGAUAAAUGUCAAGGAUGUUAAGGGUGUUGCAUAUGGUGCUAGCUAGUAACCUCUAUUAUUCGUUGAGCCUUAAAGAACUCUCUGUCUUUCGCUGAAUCACUUCUAGCCUAGUCUCGUCCACCAGCCGGCUCUGCUUCUGUCGAGCAGUCUGGUUUCACAGCGCCUCAGAAUGAGACUUGAUUGGAAGUCUAUGGCACGAGCAGAUGAAACAAGCACUGGUUUUAAUUGACUGGUCUCUUUCCAUCACCAUCUAACCAUUAGUUAGAUCCUCUUCCCUACAUAGUGGACUUCAAAGCAUGAGCAGCGUAACUCAUUUAAACAAGGAAGUAAGUUCCAAAAAUCUGAAAGUAUGCAUUUUAUAAAUGGUUUUCACAUAUCAAAGUCAUAUGCCCGAACUCCAACUCGACUGGGUUUCCCAAAAGUAAUAUGGUCAAUGUGAUAACAUUUUAUUUAGAUAUUUUACAAUGUCCCAUGUAAUACAGCUGUAGCGACUCUCUACAUUGAGAUAUAAUUGAUUUAGCAGACAUUCUUAUCCACAGCGACUUACAGUACUGGGUGUAUACAUUUGUAUACUUUCUUUUCAUACUGGUCACCCGUGGGACUCGAACCCCCAGUCCUGGCAUUGCAAGUGCCAUGCUCUGCCAACCAAGCUACAUGGGAUCACAGGACCGCUCUCUCCUCGAUUUUAACCACACACUUUUCAAGUCCCACUUUAUUGCACUGUGUUACCAGGCGAGGUUACUUCUGACCUUAGACGUCAUAGUCAAUAUCAUGCCUUCACAUUAUCAAAUUGCCUUCUUUUCAUCCAUGGCUUAAAGUUGUCUAACUUUAGUAACUACUUGAAGGACUAAGCUAGGCAUACAUUAGACAACAAUACAAAUCUUUACGUCGUUGGCCCACUCACAUUAUGCAAAUUGUCUGCAUAAUCUUGUCACCCUGAUGUCUGCGACAGGUGUGCUCACAUUACACCAGUUUGCUCACAUUGCGACAUGUCUAGACCCCUCCCUGUCCUAUUUCCAGAUGUGUCAUGGCCACCUCCUACUAUGUGGCUGUAGCUGAGCAACGGAGGACAAGUUGCAAGUCACAUUGUAGCACCCCCCUUACUACGCAAGAUACAACAAAACAUUUUGUGCAGAAAAAUAAUCGGGAUCUAGAAUGUGGAUCUGGACUGUGCAAAACCCAUAAUCGCACUUAUUUCACCCAAUCACAUUAUGUGACCUACAGCAUCUUGGUUGGAGCUUACAACAUCACGAUUUACCUGCGAUUGUAGUGGAUCCCAAAUUGUGGCAAAAUCUCAGUUUAUAAUCGUAUGAUGUAUGGUCAGCUGAAGGCGAGCGUGGCCUCCGGUGGUUGUGUUAUGGCCUGGCCUGGCCUCAGAUUCGUUUUGGACAAUGUUGCGAUUCAACUCCACUGUGUUACUGAGUGACUAUACUGAAUGACUUGACGUUUGGGAACUUGUUGGUCUGAUUGCCCCUGGCUUGUUAGUGGCAUCUUUCCACUUUUUCAUUGUGGUGUCUUUCAGUCUGGUCCUCAAUUGUCUUUAGCCAUGUUGUUUUUAGACCGUCUUCCACUACACCAAGCAUCAUGUGUCUUUAUGUACUAUGUCAGUUUCUCAUAUUUAUUAGUCUUUCUUAGACUUAAUUUGUUGUUUGUACUUUUACAUCAAAGAUAGACCCAUGUGUUAAUUUAUCCAAAGGCAAAUGGUCCAAAGAAACGUACUGGUGUGGCUGUUAUGGUUUCAUGCUUUUAAUUAAUGCACUGGAUUUGUUUAUGAUUUCGAUUGAAGGAUUAAAUGUUUUGCCAAUGUAUGUUCAACCUUCCCCGCACUUGAAUUUUGUCUGUCCUCCGUUCAGAGAGACACUUUCUAAUUUAGGAGUUGGAGUGUGUGAAAUCGUUGUUGCCUUUACACAAACUUGCACAAAUUAGUUGGAAUGUGCAUAACAUCUCAAAUGGCUUGACCAAUGCUAUAUUGGAAGUGAGUGUCACACACCAAGGUACAUCUUGAUAACCUUCCCAUUCAGUAUAGAUAGUUCAGACUUAACUUUCCUCUGUCCAAAGCAGUGGUGUGCUUUUUUUUACCUCAAAUUCUAUGACUGAAGGACAUGCAGUAAAGGCUCUGGUGUGUCCGACAUGAUGAUUUUUGGAUCUGUCCAAUAUGAUCAACUAGUAAGUGUAGCAUAUAGAUAAUGGAACUGAAAUUGAUGUUUUAGUUUGGUCUUUUUUUUUUAGCAACCGUAGUGAAUGGAUUUUACCUGUAAGAUCUUAAAUUAGGAUUUCAAGCAAAAAAUGAUCCUGAACACGCAGUCGGUCGUUGAUGUCGGUAUCUCCAAUACUACUACUACGAUUGUCUCACACGCUUUCUUUGGUAAGAUUAGAAUUAUUACAAGAUAUGCAUGUAAUCAAUAUUAGAGUACUGAUCUAUUCUAUCAUAUAAGCCAGUGUGUUUCUUCUAAGACGGAACAGUUUCAGGGGGUUAGAAGUUGCUCCUAGGCACAGAUCUAAGAUCUGCUUAACCUCCCCAAAAUCCUAGCUUUAAACAUUAGGGGCAAAGGCACAAACUGACUUUAGCUCAGUCUAGGGGCAACUUUGACGUACUCCUUUCAGGGGUGGCAGUAUGUAAAUACAAGAGAACUGCUGUUUUAUUCCACUAGAGGGAGCAAGUGUUGCAGAAAUGGGGAGCACCGUUGAUAACACCAUACCUCUUUUUAUAAACUAGCAUUUCAAAGGUUUUGAUACUCACAACUCAAGCUAAAUACUGUUAUAGAGAACUAAAUUCAAACUUAAAAGAAUUUAAAAAAAUUGCUGCUAACCUAUGGCUUCACAGGAACACAGGUCGCAAUCUUUUUCCAUUGGGUGUGUUGAAAGAAGAUGCAAAUGUUAACUGUAAAUACAAGAUGGCUAACAUGAAUAGUCUUUCCCUCAUGUUCAGAAUUUUUGAUGCUCAAUUGAAAUUGAGAAUAGUCUCUGUUGUGUUAUUUUAUGGAGACUUGUCAUUCUUUUCUUUUUAUACUCUGCUGGGCUGCAAAAAAAUAUAUAUAUUUCAAGUUUCUUAUUUUGAUUCCAUAAUUUGUCAUUUUAUCACGCUUUGGCAAAUAGUUUUGUUCCGUUUUUGUGGAUUUGAGUUGUCUUAUCGGUAGGCUUAAUUUAUACUUUUGUAGUGACACUAUUUUUAUACUACUGAUAGGAUCAAGAUUCUUUUGUCAGGCGUGACAGCGCUGUACAAUGUUAUGAAAUACAUUACCCACUGUAGUAUGUGCUGUGUGAAUAAACUGGCUGAAAUGAA